CCGUGAUGACGAGCUUUAAAAGGAUCCAUAGCUGCCGCCUGGCCGCCGCUCCUGGCCACUUCUCAGGGACGUCAUCCAGCAGCACAUCACAUGUAUAUAUCAGCAUGCCUUCAUCAACUACAGCGUGGACUGCCUAUUUGUGGCGCCUCAUCGUGAGCAUGUUGGCUCCGUCAAGCGCUCUGCUGCCCUUUGGCGCGUGGGCCGCGUCCGUCUGGGGCUCUCCCGUCCCCGAGCUUCAUCUACAGCCGCAACAACAUGGGCAGAACCAACAACAACAGCAACAACAGCAGCAACAACAGCAGCCCUUUGUAGGCCACCGGCACGUGAGCGAGUUCAAUUGCUUCAACGCCAGCCUCCCCAACAUCACCAUCUAUGCCACCGGCGGCACCAUCGCCGGCUCCGCCAGCUCGGCGGACCAGACCACGGGGUACCAGGCCGGAGCUCUGGGCGUGCAGGCCCUCAUCGACGCCGUGCCGCAGCUGUGCAACGUCUCCAACGUGCGCGGCGUGCAGGUCGUCAACACCGACAGCACCAACAUGAACUCGACCAUGCUCCUGGCGCUGAGCCAGCAGAUCCAGGACGACCUCGACAGCCCCUUCACCCAGGGCGCCGUCGUGACCCACGGCACCGACACCCUCGAGGAGUCGGCCUUCUUCCUCGACCUGACCAUCCAGAGCGACAAGCCCAUUGUGGUGACAGGCUCCAUGCGCCCAGCUACGGCCAUUAGCGCUGAUGGGCCCAUGAACCUCCUCUCUUCCGUCACCGUGGCUAGCAGCGAGAACGCCCGGGGCCGGGGGGUCAUGAUUGUGCUAAAUGACCGCAUUGGAUCCGCUCGCUUCAUGUCCAAGUCUAACGCGAACCAGCUCGACGCCUUCCAGUCGACGGACGGGGGUUUCCUGGGCGGGUUUGUCAAUAUCCAGCCCGUCUUCUACUACCCGGCCUCUCGGCCUCUGGGCCACCACCACUUUGACGUGAGGCGCAUCCAACGAUGGCGCGGCGAGGACGCUAAGCUCCCGCAGGUGGACGUGCUGUACGCACACCAGGAGCUCAACGUCGGCCUGUUCCAGGCGGCCAUCGACCUCGGGGCCAAGGGCAUCGUGCUCGCGGGCCUUGGUGCGGGCUACUGGACCGACUCGGGCUCCGAGGAGAUCCGGCGCGCGUUGCAGGACACUGAUAUCCCCGUCAUCGUGAGCCGGCGGCCGGGCUGGGGGUUCGCGAGCAGCAACGGCCUCGAGGGCGGCAUCGGAGCAGGCUUCCUGAACCCGCAGAAGGCGCGGAUACAACUACAACUGGCCCUGGAGACGGGGCUGGAGAUGGAGGCCAUUCGGCCCAUCUUUGAGCAUCACGGAGUGCACUAAUUGCGCGGCCACCAGGUCACAACCCACACACCCACACACACACACGCAGACAGUCACACAACUCUCCAUCACUGACGCAACUCACACACCCACAACUGGGCCGCCUGUAUCACCAUCACCACCAUCUAUUCUGGGUGCCGACCAACACCUACAAUCUGCAACUCAGCAUGGAGUCACGCACACACACACACACACACACACACACAUACACACGCACA